CCACCACCAGAGAUAAGAAGGAGGGAGAUGCUGUAGAUUCGAGUUAGUGGACCACGCGGCAGGUAUGUAAAGGGCUUCAGAAAUGAGGCACCUUCUUUUUUAAUCCCUACCACCAAAAUGGUAGGCUUUCUGUGCUACCACCAUCUAGUAAAGGAGGCAUUGCCACCACAGAACUCCUACGACCAAAAGGCGUGCUAAAAGUUGCCAGUGCUUUUAGCGUUCUGCCGCUGUUCUGGCCGACAAGUUUUGGCGCGUUCGAAGAAACGCGUACCAUUUUAAUCGCGUGGGAACGCGCCUUAUUUUGAUUGAGUACCGCGGCGUUUCGACACUGUGCACGCGCGCUAUUUCGCCGGUGUGUUCGCAACAGGCGCUCUUCAGAAGAACGCGCUGCAACCCGCGCUCGCUAGCGAGUCGCGAGGCCGUUGUUGUGCGGUUGGAUAACGUGAAGGGACACACGGGUGGCCCAUGAUUCUGUCGGCACGUUGGUCUUUGCGCGCAGAUGGAGCCCAAUCGAGGUGGUUUAGCUCGGCUGAGAACAACGCCGAGGCGCUCAACACUCUCGCAGCCGAACAAUAGCAGCAUUAGCCCGCCGCAGCCUUCGUCCAGCUCAGCCGAGCCACAGUGGACUGCGGGUGAAAUCGACCAACUCGUGGAACUGAUCUCGGGUCGCGCUUCUGUGCUGCUGGGCUCCGUCGACGGCACUUCGAAGCGCGUCGCUUGGGAAGAGGUUUCGCAGCGACUCAAAAGGAGCGAAGAGGAAGUCCGCCGCAAGUGGAAGAGCAUUGUUGCCGAUCUGCGUCAGGGAAAGCGCUCGACGCCGUUCAAGCCGUACGAACUGGCCGCGUUAAAAGCGCUCGACGUUGUGGAACGAUCCGGCGAACGUUCGCGCCCGUCAGCGUCGCAGGAACCGCAACUUCAAAUCGUACCCACAAGUGUGCGCUCUAUUUCAGCAGACACCUUUUUGCACCAAAAUACGUCGCACGUGCCUACCAUGGCGUCCCCUCUCAGCGUCAUCCAGCCAGUGGCUGGACUUAGCAUCGUAGCCUUGAAUCGGGAAGUGUCCAUCACACCCGUGAAGCCACCCCAGCCUCAACACAGCAGCUCGCGGGAUUCGUCGGAAGAGCUGCAGGUGUUGCGGUGCUGCAAUUCUGUGCACACACAGACACCACCUGUGCCAGAUGAACCCAGUGCCAAGAAAGCACGCCACAGCUCUUCCUCCCACGCUGACACGACGGCCCUACUGCAGAGGUUGGUGUAUCUGGAGGAACGUCGAGUCGCACUACAGCAGGAGCAGCUAACUGUGGACCGGGAAAAAGUGAAGUGCGUGCGUGAUUUGUUAGCUGUUCUCGGCAGAAAUGACCGGACAGUUUCUGUACCUAAUGGAGACGUGGUUGGCGCUGUUGUGUCAUCACUAUCGUAGACUGAUCGACCGGGUCGGUGAUGACUUCGCUUCGACCACAUUGUACCUGGUUACAAGUUGCUGGUGCAUUGUUGGCAAAUUGAGAAGAAAUGCUGUGCAGGACAGAAACUAAUAUAUCAUGUGAGGUAUCGACCAAGUUUAGGUGCCCUUAUGCCAGCGUUCCUUUGUACAGGGUGGUUACAGCAUCUGCUGUUUGACCGCAUAUGACAUCACGCAACGCGAUGACUCCACUGGACACCCAUAAUGGCGGCAGCAUGGUCAGUGGUUUUCACCAUACUGUGCGAAAGAACUCUGGCAUCAAGACAUCCUAAACAAUGUUAUGCUACGACACAUAAUGGUCCAGCGUUGGUGUUUUGAGGCUACACUUCACACAUUAAUUAUUGACUCAUAGUAUUGACUGUCAUCAAACAUGUCGUGCUUUGCCAGGUGUCAGCAUCCGAUAAAAAACAAGAUUGUUUCUUUCACUUAAGUCAAGAACGAGGUAAUAUCAAAAGAGCAGUAUGCAUUGCAACUUGUGUAAGCUUUGUUUGUUGUGGCAACAUUCCACAUGUACUACUGCUGGACUGUCCUUUUCCUGCUUCUGUGAGCUUGAAAUCAGUGGCCUCAAUAUCGCAACUCGAGACCAGAAGUAGUACUAGGUAAGGCAGUAGAGCGAUUUGGUUAGAACCGGGCGUAGUUCACACACUUUUGUCCCCUCUCACAUAUGCAAUACAUGGAUGCACAAUAGCUGUAACUGCAAGUAAAGUCACAAAUCAUUUUCUGUCUAUUAUUCACAUAGUGCAGCUAUUGACAUCUGUGGCUACCUUUUGAGUGCUAGGCGGUAUGUGCCGCCGCUUUCACUUUCGGUAGUACCUUUUGGCAUCAGCGGCUAAGAAUAGCGAGGAUGCUCAUGGUUAUGGUGGUUGCUGUUUAUAGCAUAACUAGCUUAUUGCUAAAACACCAAUCAUAAUGGUGGAAGUAUAAAGCCUGGCAGUUCCAUCUAUUUCGGAACUGUGAUUCCAGUUUUCUGUUUUGUGUAUGAGCACUCUUACCUGGCUUCCAGUGCCCCAGCACGAUCAAGUGCAGUGGCACAGCAUCCUAAAGUUGCAUCAACUGAUGCGCUAUUGAUGGGUUUAAACAUUUUAUUGGCACCAGCAUUUUAUGCCUUCGUUCAAGCACAGAUUUUCUUUGUGGGUAUUACUCAUAUGCAGUCUAAAAGAAAUGAACUUUUUUGUACACAGAAUGUUUCGGAAAAGAAGUCAUAUAGGACAAAACGUUCUGUCUUAUCUGACUUCUUUUCUAAAACAUUCUGCUCACAAAGAAAGUUUAUUUAUUCCUUUUAGAAUGCAGUACUAUCCAGCCUAAGUAGCAACCUUUUCCCAGUGUGACUCAUUGAAAAUGCUUGAUGCAUGACUGUGCUGCCUUUGUGCAGGGGUAUGUUCACAUGUGUCAAUACUGUUGGGACUUGAAGAGCAUUUGAUAAAUCAUCAUGCUUUAGCAGCCUCAAAAACAUAUAUCUAAGACUGUCUUACAGAGAGGUUUGCUGAAAUGACAGACCUAUUCUUUUAAAAAAAAGGAGGGGGGAAGGGGCUAACCAUUAGCGAUUAAGUCAUUACGGCUGUUAUGCAAAGCUUGCAUAACAGUUUGUGAGCAAAAUCUGUCUGCUAUAUUAACACAGGUUGCUUGUCAAGUAAGUACUCUGAAUUAAGGUGCUUAUGAUUUAUAUUUUGCAUUUCAUUGUUGAUGUCACCUGGCUUGCUACCAUUCACAUGGGGAUAUGUAUACAGUGUUGACGGAUGGACAUCUACAAAUAAUCCUAACAGUAUUAGCGAGCAGUUCAGUUUUUCAUCUUUAAGGUUAUGCCAGAUUCAUCUAUCAAAAAUACUUGCAUUGUUAUCGGCUUAUGUGGGAAAAAGGUAAUUUCUCUCUAGAGAAUGUGCUUGUAAAAUAUGCUUUGAUGUGCCUUCAGUAGAACGCAUCAGGCACCAGCAAGUUGAAAAAUUCUGCGUGCCCAAUUGACGGUAAAAGUUUGGGUUUCUCAUUGAUCUUCAUAAUGUAAAAUACUGCAUUGUCAUUGCCACUGGUGGCCAUAUGUGAAUACCGCCACUAACCUUAGGGCAUGCACAGAGUUCAUUGUGAAUAAGUUGUACAUUGAAUGAAUGCCAAACAUAUUGAAACUGCAGUACUGCAGUCGCUAGUCAACGGUGCUGUCGUGAGUGGAAUAUAAGAGCGCAGUGACAGCCUAGUUUUGUACCUCUUGUAGCUAGUGAAUGUUCAGUGGUCUGCGACAUCGUAACUGCAUUUCAUGAUGAAAAUUUUUCGGUGACUUCUUUUUUUGUAACAAGACUUCUAAGCAGCUUUUUCAGUUCAGGAACCACAAGUGCAGUGGUAUUCACUCGAAUGUACCACUGCCUGCACUGCCACGUUACAAAAGCUUACUCUGCUAGCUCAAAUGAGCUUGCAGCUGAAUUAUAGGCUGUACCAUAUUCGUGCUAUAGCCUAAUUAAUUUUCUGACCAGAAAAGCCUAAAAGGUUAUGCUAACAUCACAAUCUUGAUUUCCUUUUGGUUAUAGCUGCAUCCAUAUGAUCUCAUUCGAAGAGACGGCUUGCUAGCAGAAACACAAGACAGCAGUAACCCCACAAGACGUGUCGCCACUUCCGUCUUGUGUCUGUGUUUGCUCACCCCGUCUUUUAGAAUGAAUACUUACCAACCAGCUUCGCUCUCUGCUAUUCUAAGAUCUCACUUUGCAAGGGCUACUGUGCCUUUUCACUGUGACAGCAUGUUCAAUUGGCUAUCUGUGGCAUGUGUGUUUGUCCAGCUUUCCACAGUGCAGAAAACUGUCAGUGUGUAACUUGCCAUGAAUGUGUGUACCAAAGGUUAUGGUACUACACUUUUGAUGCAUGAGGCUCAUAUAACAACCCGGAAUGCUUCAAUUGUUUCUUUUAUUGAAUAUCUGUCAGUGUUUUUUAUGUUUUUCCUUUCUUAUAUGUUCUGAUAUUUUACCCCACACUCUAUUUUAUUCCUUCGCACAGGAUUUCGUACUAACUGUGUACUAGGAGCCCCGAUUUUGUUUUUUACAUUACCAUAUCUACUUGUUACUGUUAAGCACAGGGGCCGAUAUCCAAAAUAAUCUCUGUUAUAGGUUUGCACAUUUCUACGCUUUACUCAUAUUUUCGUCUUUUUGUGUGCAGACAUAAUAGCAAUAACACUUGUUGUUCUUAUUUGCAAUUUGAAGCUAAGCACGCUUCAACAGUAACUUUAAAAGCAAGAACUGCUUAGCAGGAAUCGGUAUGAUGAUUUUGAGUGGUCACUAGUGUUUAGUCGUUUAUGAGCAUUUUGUCAGCUGUUUAUCAAUGUUUAGUUUGGUUUCUGGUAUC